AUGUCCUCCUCCAGAUCACCAUCUUCCGUUCUGUGUCGGAGUAUGUUUCUCUUCUUCCUCACACUAGGAUCCUCUUGCUCCCUUGCGACUGGCUAUGCGACACGACAAGAACACCAAGGCUUUGAACACCAUGAUCAUCGUGUCACCACGUCCGAUCCGAACAAUGCGUAUGCACUCUACAGUCUUCCACCGUUCACCGUAACGUUUACCAGUUCCUACUCGACCACGGGUUUGCCGCAAGAUGAAGAGGAACAAGGACAACUCUUGGUGGCGACGUUGCAUGGACCACUCCAAUUGAUUACCAGCGAGUUUUUGGUGGAAUCCUUUCGUUUGCAAAUCUAUCACAUUCAAGAACCCACACGGAAUACCACCACACCACACGACAAGGAACUCCAAAACAUUCUAGAAUCCUUCAUGACACUCGAUGUACAAGUGGCUGUGCGAGCGUUGCAUCACUUGUCCUUGAAUGGACCGCAAGUGCGAAGACAUCUUGCUGAUAGUGCAGAACCACGAUCGUAUUACCGCAAUCCAGACAGCAAUACCAAUGAUGGAGGCAACGCCAACAGUCACACAUUUCAUCAGGAAGACACUUCCACGAGCACUAGUAGUAGUAGCAGCAAUACACCACCACUAUUGCAAUUUGAGGCCGACUUUUUCACCACGGCAGCCUUUUUGGAACCAACGCCAGAACAAGCUGGGGCUUCCAAACCAACCGAUCAAGAAGUGGUCGAUCUAUUGGGGGGAUGGAUGAAUUCCGCAUUUGCCAAAGACUUGAACUACUAUCAUGACAGUCUCGUCAAUAGUGAAACGGGAGUGCUCAUGCACGUCGAACAACUUCACGUGGAAACCGACAGUGGCGCCAUUUAUGAUCCGUACACCAGUGGGGCCAUUCCCAAUGCACCACUUGCUGCAACACAAGCACCCAUUCGCAAACAAGAUGUUCCACCACCUCCCAAUGCAGCCGCAUACUCCAAUUCCAUUGGCGCGUGGAGUCACUCGGAAAAACUAUUCUUUACACUCCUCGUCAUGGUUUCGAUCCUCUCUAUUGCCGGACUAUUGAUGGCACUUCACAAGUACAAGGGCCGAGGACGGUAUUUGAAUGACAUGAUGGCCGCCAAUGACCGAUCACUCGAUCACGAUUUUAUGGAUCCACGUAUUUGUAUCAGUGGACGACAUUCUGAUGAAAUUCUCGACAUUCUCAAUGCUAGUGAUCGAUACUUGGCGGCGCAUCGACCCGACUUACUAGAAGCCAUGCAACAUGCCGAUGCUCGACGACGUGGAGGGAAUAACGCCAUUGUCCCCAUUCCUGCCAAUGACAAUGAGCAGCAAAAUAGUAAUGGACCCACCGAACGACGCUAUGUCACAGUGGCCAAUCCAUUCUCUCAUCUCUAUGGAGCUUCGUACUUUCAUUCCGAAAAGACUGCGGUGGAAGCGGAUCGGGCGCGGCGUGUCAAUCAGGAUCCCAUGGAUGCGGUCGAAUUGCAGCAAGACAACAAGGAUGCUGAAGAAGAGAUUGAUACGGACCAGUCCGUGUCCAAGUAUUUGCAAACUUGGUUUCAACAGUUGGUGGGGACUCGUACGGUCGACACGGAAGUGUACAAGAAUAAUGACGACUACUAUGAUGAUGAGGACGAUGAAAUGGAGGAACUAGACCUGAACGCGGCAAGUGACGAUGAUCAGAUUAUGGCAUGCGAUGAAGAUCCCAAGGAGUACGCGUUCCCAUUCCAGGAUUUUCCUCGUCAAGAUGGAACGCCCUGUUUGAUCUACGAGGAAACCUUGAAUGAAGAAGAGGAAGAACAGUACUUGAAGAACUCGCGGGCCGAUUCGUUGCAUUCCACCACUUCCUAUGGUAUCCAUGAUCCGCUGACGGAUGAUGAAUUCCAGCGAGCGCUGGGAGCGCACAUGGUGCCCUUUACUUCUUCUUCCACCAACACUUCGUUUGAGCAUCAUGCGGCCAACACGAGUGACUCGUCACUGGUCCGGAUUGAGGAUGGCGAUAAUGAAAUUCAGGUGCAUGAUCUUCGAACCGUCAGCACUGAUGAUGAUGAUUCGGAUCCUUCCAAGUUCACCAACAAGCUAGAAAAGAUGGUGGCGAUGCGUCAUCGUCACUACGAAAAACAAAAGAUUAUGGACAAGCACCGGGAGCAACGAAAGCAGGAACGAGCCCGACAACGUGCCGUCGAGAAGAAGAAACAGCAAGAGGAAAUGCAGCAACGAGACUUGAAGCUACGACGCCACUCGUUGGAAUUGGAUAUUCAGGAAUUGGAAGCGGCAGUUGGCAACAACAAUAGUGGCUUACCAGGACCACCCACAUCAGCCUCCAAGGUAAUCACCCCUCCCGGCGGUCAAGGUGGUUUGCAUCAGUUGCAAAGGCCUAGUUUACAUCGUCGUACAUCCAGUGAAGCAGAUGCUGGAUUCUUGGGUCCCGAUGGUAGUGUUACUGCUUCUGGCGCCGUCAUUCAUUCCAAUCGAUCCAUGGAUUUGGGUGACACUGGCAUGUCCACCAAGAGCGAUUCUCACCGAAUUAAUCGCGUGGUGCAGUCCGCACAAAAGGCACCCCGACCAGUUGCGAACAAUAGAAAUGAUGUCUUUCGAAGCAUGGAUCGCAUCUCUCCUCUGUCCUCCAAUUCAGCAACCAGUACCAGCGGUGGCAGUGGCUUGCCUCCAACUAGCGUGACCAAUACUACCAAUGUGGAGGACGAGAUACCAAUAGUGUCUCCAGCAAGCUCCAUGACGGAGACCGGCACGGAUUCAACUCCCAGCAGCGCGGGCUUUCAAAAGAGACGCAGUAUGAGUUUUGGUGGUGUGGAAGAGAAGAAAGUGGACGACGAAGCCUUCCACAGCAGCAGUCCCACUGGCAGCGUUGCCAGCAAUCGCGGGAGACAAAUGCUCCCACCGCAACACCAGCAACGCACGCAUUCGGCGAACCGCCAUCGUCGUUCCAAUUCCAGUUCUCCCGCAGAUGUCAUGGUUCACGGCAUCUAUGCACAGUUUGUCUAA